AGAAGCGUAUCUAUCUAUGAACCACUCAGAUUUUCUUAACAGUUUUCAGAAACGUAUCUAUCCAGAUCUUGUUGUUGAUGUUUACAGUGAUCUCAUGAACAUGGCGCAGACCUUGAACUCUAAUCCAGAUAUGGCUCGAUUGCUCCAUGACCCCUCUAGAACCGAAUCUAAGCUAGAAAACGAGGAGGAAGAGGAGGAGGCAUUGAAUUUAGUGAGGGAUUCUAGACCAGGUUCUUCACCUCCACCCUCUUCUCCCCAUCCCCAUCCUCCCUCCUCCCCCCUCCCUCAACCUGCUAAUCUACACGCAGCCCUGGCUGCUCUCCAGGCCGGUCAUAUAUCCCUGAGUCAGAUGAUGGCGAACCCUCCUGGUGGAUUAUGGAACUCUAAACUUCAAACCUCAUCAAAUUCAGAGGUCCAAGCUCUUCAAGCAGCCCUAGCCCAGCACCAGCAGACUAUUCAGCAACAGCUUCAAAACUUUCUAAUUCUUCAGCAGUCUGGGCUAAACAUGGCGCCCAUCAACCCGCUUCUUUUCCCGCCAAAUCUACGUGGUGCAGUAAAGACGACUUCUCGGUCCAACAGUCCGUUCAGCAACUGUCAGGACAGAAUGGGAGACCACCGGAUGUCGGAAAUGGGAGGAUUUCCGUCAAUAAAGAACGAACCGAUGUUUUUUCACAGAUCAGUUUCCCCACCACCUAGAUCUAGGAUGGGGUUUCAGCAAUCCCUUCAGGGUUUACACCGGCCACAGUUACCACAACAGGGACGUUUUCUACCUUUACCACAACCUUCGUAUCAGGGAAUGUCGGGUGCCAGUCAGCAGCUCCAGCAUCUGCAAAAGCAGCAUUCAGAAAGGGAAGGCAGGAUGCUCACUAAAGCAGCAUUGACUAUGCCUCAGAUGUCUCUGAACAGUCAUAAUCUUCAUCUGAACGGAUCCUAUAGACCUGGUUAUCAUCAGGUGUCCGUCCCACGACUGGAAAUGCCUGCCGAGGAGAGUACUGAUCUAGAGGAACUUGAGCAGUUUGCUAAAAUGUUCAAACAGAAAAGAAUAAAAUUAGGGUAUACACAGGGUGAUGUAGGACUAGCAAUGGGUAAACUUUACGGAAAUGAUUUCUCCCAGACAACCAUCUCCAGGUUCGAGGCUCUCAACCUCUCCUUCAAGAACAUGUGCAAGCUGAAGCCUCUGCUCUCGAAGUGGCUCGAGGUUGUAUCAGCCCAGGAUACAGGAUCUAAUAUAGGGGCUCCAAGUGUAUACUGCUCCAACAUUAACUCAGCUGACGCAAUAGGGAGGCGACGUAAAAAACGUACAAGCAUAGAAAGCACAGUAAGAAUUGCUCUAGAACGCGCUUUUAGUCAGAAUCCUAAACCAACGAGUGAGGAAAUCCAGUAUGUGUCGGACAGUCUAAACAUGGAGAAGGAAGUUAUCAGGGUCUGGUUCUGUAACAGGCGAGCUAUCUACAGAAGACAGAAGGAGAAAAGAAUGAAUCCAAAUCAAGGAAUGUCAUCCUCAUCUCCCAGCUGUUCCCCGCCAGCAUUGAUGUCUAAUCUAUACUCCUCCUCUCCUCUGGGCUCGAUAACUCCACCAGGAUCAAAAGCUCCAUCAUUCAGUAACUCCCCAACACCACCCGGCAUACCCUCCCCAUCUCUUCCCUCACCAAUGUCUAGCGCACAUUAUCAGAGUUUCAUGCCGUCACCCCUUUACUCAAAUCCAAUGAACCCAACUACCAUGCACAUGUCAAUGCCUAAAUUUGAUAUGGGGGGACACUUUCCUAAACCUGAUCAUAAAUACGAUAUGGGAUCAGUGCCAAAGUUUGAAAUGGAAAUGCAAAAAUACGACAUGGGCUGCGUACCAAAGUUUGAACCCAAAUUUGAACCAAAAUAUGAACCAAACCUUUCAAUGCAGUCAGUUCAGCAAAAUUCUGCUUUGAGACUUUCUAUAGGGGGUCAGCAGCAUCAAGCCUAAUGUGUGAAGUGAACUUGACUACCGUACCAUGAUUUUUAUGUACUGUAGUAAAAUUUAACUAUGUAAAUACAAAGAAGCAUUAGGAUCAAUACAUCGGAAAAUACGAUCCAUUAUAAUAUUCACUUAAAGCAAGAAAACGUUUGUUAAACUUGCUUUUAUUGUUAGUUUAACUUUCCGUGGAGAUCUCCACAUGGUACUUUGAUGCGAAAAGAAGGUAAAGUUGCCGCUAAACUUUGUGUGUGUAAAGAAGGAAAAGUUGCCGCUAAACUUUGUCUGCGCAAAGAAGCAAAAGUUGUCACUGAACUUUGUGUGCACAAAAUGAUCUCAAUAAUCUGAACAAUAUCAGUAUUAAA